CGGGUGUGUUGUGCAAUCCGUCGGAUUCGAGAGAUCACGCGUCAUUUGUGUCACUGAUUGAGCCGCGCCUUCCAUUAAAACAUUUCGUCGAAGGCCGAGAUGAGGGAAUCCUGAAACAUGGGCUCGAAAAGACCUCUCCGCGUCGGAUAUUGGUGGAGCUCGAAGAAGAGCCUCAAAUUCAAAUACACGGAGUUCGCUGACGUCUGUAGGAAACGUGGUAUCGACCUCGUAAAGCUGGACCUUGAGCGCCCCCUGGAGGAGCAGGGCCCCCUGGAUGCCAUCGUGCACAAGCUGACCAAUGUCAUGCUGGAGGCAGAAGCCGGGGACCCCUGGGCCAUAAACGCCUGCCGAAGAUUUCGGGAGUACGUGUCUUCCCGUCCCGACCUGGUGGUGGUGGACCCCCUGGACAAGGUGGAGGUGCUGCUCAACCGCUACAACCAGUACACCGCAGUGCAGGAGAACCGCAACGGCCAAUCGGGGGAGGAGGAGGUGUUCGUGCCGGCCUUCGUGGAGCUGCACUCGCGCGACGUGCGGGAGAACCUGUCCCGGAUGAGGGCCCGGGGGAUCCGCUUCCCCAUCGUGUGCAAGCCAUUGGUAGCUCAUGGGACACCUGUAGCACAUGAGGUGAGUAGUGUUUUUUUACCCUAUCCAGUAGCAGCUUUAUACAUUCUUGCUCCCGUAUCCUACAUCUACCGAGCAAGCUAG